CCUCGUCGCGGGUGACUGUGGCCAGGCUGUGCAGACACCGCCAUGACUCCCCAGGCUCCAGCUACGCGGCCACGGUGGUGGUCCGCCCACCAUCCCAAAGGGUAGCUGGGAAAGAUGGACUCCAUACUGCAAGUUACAACCAGGAUUCUCCAGGGCCUCCAACGGGUGACCAAUACCACAGUAUAAUAAUUAAGAUAUGCCUUUAGGACUCAGAUUAGAAAACAAGAUUACAUUAAGCUAACUUUUUUUUUGGCCACAGCUCACAGAGUCAAGGGGAUUUAGGCUUUCUCCAGAUGGUUUAAUAACGAGAUAGACAAAGUCAAUAGCACAGACUGAUCCGAGACAAGUUGUCUUCCUGCCAAACUUUGAUUUUAAGACCAGACAAACUUGCAGCCAAAUAUUUAUGGUUUGUUUGAAUGGUGUCGAUUUUAAACUCCACUUUUUAAACUUCACUGUGUUCAUCCGUGUUUUUACAAUCUCGUUAUUUAAGAGACAACGUAGGCAUAAGUGAGGACGGUCACCAUGCCCGGGCCAACGGCAGGGCCUGGCCCGCCAUCUGAGGACAUUUAUGAAUUCUCAAUGGACGAGGAGGAGGCUCAGUCUCUCCACUUGCACAGAAAGUCUUUAGAGAAGACGUCUCCUCUGAGCAAAUAUAUUGAGACUGAACACCAGCAAGCGGGGCUCUUCUCUCUGUCUCCCUUCUAUGCCUCCGUGGACCCCACUGUGGACCUCCAGAAGAAAAAGAGGAAGAAAUGUGGCGACUGCACUCCCUGCCUCCGCAAAGAGAACUGCCGUUCCUGCGCAAACUGUCUGAACCGCAAGACAGGCAAGCAGAUCUGCAAGCUGCGCAAAUGUGAACAGCUGAAGAAGAGACGGAAUGAGUGGGAGGUGGAAUAUUUUGAAGACAACCGACGAGGCUGCUUGGGAAACCCUGACCUGGCAGCUGAGACUGUCCACGAAGUCACUUUAGUGGAUGGCCCCAGAAGUGGAGGCCAGAUGGAAAUUGGGUCACAUGACCGCCUCCAGGAAGGCGCGCUGAGCCUGGAACUGGCCAAUGGGGUGAAUCGCUACCCUAAUGAUGAUACAACAUCUAUGGAAAAAGAGCAGCAGAGGGCAGGAAGCGUGCCGCCAAGGCAGUGCUGGGUGUCAGGACAUGGCAAGGUCAGUGACACCCAGCAACCAUGUUGGAACAGCAGCAGCGAUACCCCUGGUGAACCUGUCCACCACGCAGAUAUGGAGGAUGCCCACAAUCUGGUGGCUUUUUCUGCUAUUGCUGGCUCCUUGCCUCGUUCUUCCUCCUCUUCCUGCCUCGUGCAGCCUAACACAGCCCAGCUGUAUGAGAAGUUCACCAAGGAGAUGGGCGCUGAGGGGGCUCAGCUCAAAGUCUCUGCCGGAGCUCCUGAGGGAAGCUGCCAAACUCCAGAAGACCUGAACACUCUACAGACAGCACUGAGUCAAGCCAAACAUGGACACAAGCCCCCUAACUGCAACUGUGAUGGGCCUGACUGUCCAGACUAUCUUGAGUGGCUGGAGAAGAAGAUUAAGUUGGCAACCAAUGAGGAUCAAGGUGCCUGCAAGAUGACUGAUGUUCCCGCACAGUUACAGCCUCACCUACAGCAACCCCAUUUGCAGCAUCACCCUCAGCCCUACCCCCAGAUGAAUGGUGGCCACCAUCUGUCUGCUUCAUACCCCCAGCAGCAACAGGGAACUCAGGGCCCUCGCCUAGACCAAGUGCCCUGCUCCAAACCCCCAAUUCCCUGCUCUCCCCAGGUGCUCUUCAUAGCCAAGGAAAAGAACGUCAGUCUUCAGACAGCCAUUGCCAUAGAAGCCCUUACACAGUUAUCUGGUACUGGUCCGCUAGCUGCCGGUUCUCCAGGUCAAGCUCCCUACCACAGUAACCUCCAUCACCCCCAACAUACCCAGAAUUUCCCAUCUCAGCCCCCCAAUGGCACUAGCUUGAUCCCUUCCUCUCCCAGCAACCACUCAUCUUCCUCACGCUCACAAUCCGUCCCUCCGGGACUGCACACCAUUCAGCAGGCCCAAGUGUCCUGUGAGCACCAUAGGCCCCAAUCCCAGGGCCAGCCAUCCCAUGCUUCCCCUCUCCAAUCCUCUACCUCUCCCUUCCCAAGUCAGGGAAAACAUCCAGGCUUCAGCCCUAAUCCCCAGCAGUGGCAGCAGGGCUCAGGCAGAGGCUCUGAACAGAGGAACCCAUGGAUGUGUAUAAAGUCUGAGCCCCAGUCUCACUACGCUGCUGCACCUCACAGUAGCUCAGACCCCAUGUCAGAGCUCAAACAGCUGCUUGGUGACACCAGUGGUAAAUUCAGCAAUGCCCAUUUCAAGCUUCCAGUCAAACAGCAGAUUAGCUUGAACCAGAACGGAGGUAUCCAGGGGCAGGACAACCCUGCAUUGGUUAGAAUAAAGCAAGAACCAGACGCUGGUGAGCACCUCCAUCACACUGCCUCCAUGGCACAUUACGGUAUGGCUAAUGGUCAGCAGCAUGGUCAGCACUACGCGGGCACUCCCCUGUCUCCUGGCCAAGCAGCUAUAAGCCACUCCACUCAGGCAGCUCUGCAACAGCACCUUCACUACAAGAGGAACCUUUUCUCUAACCACUCCCCUGGCUUUGGAGCACCAGGCCCUCAUGCACCUCUAAAAAAAUGGUGGCCACAGAUGGAGGCAGAAGGUUUUCCACAUCUUGCCAUCAAACAGGAACCCAAGGAACCCAAAAAGAGAAAAAGCAGCCAAGGAUCUCCUGUCAUAAAAGCUAUGAGUGGGAUGCUUGGAGUCCCUCCCCUGCCCAAACCCAAACAGAUAAUCAUCAAGAAGACCAAGCAGAAAGCCUCCAUGCCAACCUUCCUGCCUCAGAAUCAGAUCACCGUACAAAAACCAUCAGUCCUCAUGAUGGACACAGCCCUGGCCCUGACCAGCCUGCAACCAGGUUCUCUCCCCUCUCUGCCCCUCCACAGUAACUCCACUCAGGCUGCUGCUGCAGGCCUCCCUGCCCCAGUCCAAUCUCAGGUAUCCAUUUCCAAUUACUCAAUUACUUCCUCUUCCACUGUUUCUGCUUUGUCAGAAAACACUCCAGCCCUCAUGGGCCCUCUGCCCCCACCAGUGGCCCCUGUAGCCAAUGCUAAGUCAGAGGGAGUUGGCAGCCUUGCCUCCAGUAACACCAGCACCACCACACCUAUGACCUCCACAUCUUCCUCCAGCACCUCACAAUUACAGAGUGUCAUCAACAUAGACCCGAAGUACGAAGAACUUAUCCGUCAGUUUGAGGCUGAAUUUGGGGACUCAGCCCCAGAUGCACCUGCCAGUCAGCCCAUGGAGGAGACUGCUACAGGCCCUCAGCCGAGGAAUCAGUCCCAGACCGGUCCUCAGGACCUCAGUCCCACAUCAUCUUCCACUUCCCAGUCGGCUCCCUUAAUUGUCUCCACUCAAGCCAGCUCCAUACCUCAUCCAGAUGAUCAGGAGAUGGUAGUCAGCAAAGAUAAGUUAGGGCCCCAAAGUGAAGCAUCCUUGAACCAGGCAUCCACAGAAAUUCCUAUGGGGGAUGUCGCUUCACAUCAUCAGGCCAUUCUGGACAAGCAGCAGCAGCCAAGUGUGUUAGAGGAUAUGUUCAGCGUGCCGUGUUCUCCGCUGCCCAAACGCAUGAAGAUCGAAGCCUCGGGUGAUAUAGCAGUACUUUCCACUACAUGCUAUUCUGAAGAGGACACGCCCACUAAGGACAGUCUGCCUUCUUCUCCAUCUCUCAGAGGCUUCCUACAGUGUCCUCUGCGCUACCUGGACACCCCUACCAAGACCAUACUGAGUACUCCUUCCAAGGAUCUACAGUCAGAGUUCCCCACCUGCACCUGUGUGGAGCAAAUCGUGGAGAAAGAUGAAGGGCCCUACUACAAUCACCUGGGAUCUGGACCUACUGUAGCCUCUAUACGAACCCUGAUGGAGACCAGGUAUGGGGAGAAGGGGGAUGCCAUACGGGUUGAGAAGGUGGUGUACACAGGCAGAGAGGGGAAAAGCUCACAAGGAUGUCCUAUUGCUAAGUGGGUGAUCCGUCGUAGCGGCGUGACAGAGAAGCUGCUGUGUCUGGUGCGUCACCGUGCAGGCCACCACUGUGCCAACGCUGUCAUCAUCAUCCUCAUUAUGGCCUGGGAAGGUGUCCCAAGGGCCCUGGCUGACAAGCUGUACAGCGAGCUCAGUGUCACCCUCACCAAAUAUGGCAACCCCACCAGCCGACGCUGUGGCCUCAAUGAUGAUCGUACCUGUGCAUGUCAAGGCAAGGACAGUGAAACUUGUGGUGCUUCCUUCUCCUUUGGCUGCUCCUGGAGUAUGUACUUUAAUGGCUGUAAGUACGCCCGAAGCAAAAUACCGCGCAAGUUCAGGCUACAAGGAGAUCGCCCUGAAGAGGAGGAAAAACUCAGGGAUAACUUCCAGCAUCUGGCAACUGAGGUGGCUCCUUUGUACAAGCAGCUGGCCCCACAGGCCUUCAGUAACCAGUGCCAGACAGAGUCGAAGGCUCCAGACUGCAGGCUGGGCUUGAAGGAAGGCCGCCCGUUCUCUGGAGUCACUGCUUGCAUGGACUUCUGUGCCCACGCUCACAAGGACCAGCACAACCUCUACAAUGGUUGCACAGUGGUGUGUACUUUAACUAAGGAGGACAACCGUUCAGUGAAGGAGAUCCCUGAGGAUGAGCAGCUCCAUGUGUUGCCUCUUUACAGGAUCUCCCAAACUGAUGAGUUCGGCAGUGAAGAGGGCCAACGUCUGAAGAUGCAGACGGGAGCCAUCCAUGUGCUUCAGGCUUUCCGCCGUGAGGUGCGCAAGUUGCCCGAACCUGCCAAGUCCUGCCGACAGCGCCGACUGGAGGCCAAAAAGGCCAAUUCGGAGAAGAAGAAAAAUAAACUCAUGCAGCAGGCAGGGGAGACACCAGAGAAGACAGUGGUAAAGGCAGAGGUCUGCAUCACCGGUUCCCCUCAACUCCAAGGCAAUAAAGCAAUUAUAAAACAGGAAGUGAAGCCUAACAUCAAGAAGGAGCCCUUUAACGGAUCAAUAGAGAGAUACCCUGUGCAGGCAACAGACCCGUUCAGCAACAUCUAUCCACACCCUGCCUACUAUGCAAGGGGAGGCCUCCCCCCAACUGGCCAGCCCUCUGCACCAGACGCAGUAAACGGUUACCACCACAAUCUGCCCGCAAUGCACUAUGGCUACUACAACUAUCCACCCAAUGCACUUUUCCCCCCUAAGCUGAGGACCUACGAGGGUCGAAAUGGCUCUUUGCCCAAAGCAGGCAGCAAGGCUGUCCAGGUUGACACCAAGCCUGAUAUUCAGAGCCUUCAGGCCAGACUGGCCCAGUCCUACCCCAGCCACCCAGAGCAAGCCAAUCACAGCGCUUACACCCAGCCUGCAGACUACAACCAGUCCCGUCCUUCCUCUGUCUGCUCUGAAUCCUCCAACAGAGGCACUCCAGUCAUCAAACAGGAGCCCAUGGAUGUGCCAGUCUAUGAAGGCACAAUGCAGAGCCAAGCUGGUGUCAACACACCUAGCACCACCCCCAAGCCUGCAGCCUGGCCUGGGCACAAGCUUAAUGGAAGUAUCGUAACUAAACUAAGUCCUGAAGCCUCACUGUUGAACCCAGACAAGCAGCAGUUUCACCAGCAUCCCCAGCAGCGACAGCCCUCUCCUUACCCCCAGCAGUGGACAUACCCUGGCUCAAAUGCCCUGAUGGUUUCCCCUGCCCCAUCGCCGUCACUCAAGGUACCUCCCUCUCCAUCUCCGUCCCCUCACCUACUCACAGCGUUCCCAGGUAACAUACACCAAGGGUCCACACGCCCUGCCACCCCACACCCAAGCACCCCUCGCCCAGGUACACCACAGCAAGGCACCCCAGGCUCAGGAACCCCCAGGCACUGGGCCAGCCCUUGUCCUAGUCCUCAGCCAAAUGCUUGGGCCAUGGGGCCUAUGGCACAUAGCCCUGGUUUGAAGCACAGCAAUCCUGCAGGAGCCUACCCUGACAAGAUCUGGUCCAAGACUGGGGAAAGUCGGUGUUCCACUCCCCUUGGGCUCCAAGAGAAGGCCUGGAAGUCUUGUGGAGGUUCAUUGGCAGGCAGUACCCCGUCCCCUGCCCCUGAGGGUCGCCUCUUCCCUGAUGCCCUGCAGCAGUCAGAUCAGGCCUGCUGGAAUCCUGGCCGGGCUGAGAGUGAUGUUGAGAGCACCCAGGGCCGCGAGGAGGAUGACGAUGAGGUGUGGUCUGACAGCGAGCACAACUUCUUGGAUCCCAACAUUGGUGGCGUAGCGGUAGCACCCGCUCAUGGCUCGAUCCUGAUUGAAUGUGCCCGUCGGGAACUACAUGCUACCACUCCUCUCAAAAAGCCUGAUCGCUCUCACCCUACCCGCAUCUCCCUGGUCUUCUACCAGCACAAGAACCUCAACCAGCCCAUGCACGGCCUGGCUAUAUGGGAGGCCAAAAUGAAGCUGCUGGCAGAGCGAGCGCUGCAGAGGCAGCAGGAAGCAGCUCUCCUUGGCCUCUCCCAGGAUGACAUCAAGGCCCUUGGGAAGAAACGCAAGUGGGGGGCUACGGUGGCAGGUGCCAGUCCUGGACCUGGACAAUGUAAAGACAAGAGGGAGGGGCCAGUGACGCGGUUAGCCCCCACGUUCCACACCUCCUCUAUUGUUACUGUGUCUCCCUAUGCCUUCACCCGCCUCACUGGGCCCUACAGCCACUUUGUCUGAGGUCAGACAGACACAAACAGACUGAUAACUACAGAGUGGUGCAGUGGAGGGCUGGAGAGAGCGAUGAGCAGGAUGAAUGUCUCUCAGCCGUCCCGCAGUCUGGCAUCUCUCCAUCCUGCCCCCUCCGCAGUCCACUUGGAGCAGGAGGGGACAUUUUUAUUGUUUUUUACCUCAUGUCAGGCAGUGGUUUGGGCUUCAGACCCACUGCCUGUGGUGCUCUUCCUCUCUCUUCCCUGGAGAGGAACUCCAUUGCUUUUUCUUGUUCAUAGAAUUUUAAUGAUUCUAAUUAUUGCUAUUAUUAUCAAUAUUAUUAUGAUUGCUAUUGUUACUGUCAAUGUUGUUAUUACAGGUAUUAUGAUAAUGAAGACUUGUUUGUUUUUUAUUAUUGCUGUUUUCAUUAAUGUUAUUAUUAAUGAUGUGAUUGUUUUUGGUUAAAUAUUUUUUUAAAUCAAUCAGUCUGAGUCGGUCAGACUCAGACAAUUGCUUUUUCCAUGUUUGGAAAACGUGUACCCCUUUUUCUGUUUUGGAUUUUAUUUGUUCUUGUCAAUCUUCCAGCUGUACUUGGAGGAGGAGCCAUUGUCUGCCUGGCAAGACAGCAAAUCAAUGUUACAGUAAUCAUAUGUACGUAUAUAAAAAAGAAGAAAAGAAGCCUUUCCGGUAGGCUUGCCAUAGAAAUCUAUCUCUAUUUUGACAUAUACAGAUAUGUAUCUUUGAUUUUAAGGCAAUUUAGCCCUCCAUAAAAGAUCAAUAAUAUUAUUAUUAACCUGGGCUCUAUUUCUUAGUUUUGUGUUCAAAUGUACGUUGCUUAUGCAGCAGCACUGCUGUCUAAUGCCUCAUUUCCACUGCAUGGUUCGGCUCGACUUGACUCAACUACAUUUUUUUUUUUUUUGAGUACCAGGUGCUAUUUCGCUUUUCACUGCGGAUAGUACCCUGUUAGUGUAGGCUGGAUUCUCAGCUGGUCGCCAUAACAACAUUGCGUGAAACUGCUGUGAUCUGCAUCUUCAAGCGAUACUCGCUGGAUCUUUUCAUCUGCAACAUUCUUGCACCGUGGCGUAGUGGACAGUGUAGUGUACGUCGUAGUUUUCGCAGGCUGCCAUCUUUUAAAAUCUGGGGCGAGUGAAUAACAAAAUUGCAGUCACGGUAACUUGUCUAUUUUAAAUGGCAGGUUUGUGCAGGAUGUCCCCUGUCGCACUAGUGACGAUUCUCUCUGACCAAUCAGUGGUCUGCAGUGUUUAAAGUUGCUUUGAACCUCGGUCAAGGUGGUACCAAAUACUAUCCACGACUUUUGUUAAUGGAAAACCCCAGAAAAGAGUAGAGCCGUGCCGUACCAUGCAAAACACAAAGGACAGUAACACUGUACUGGGACCUGCCAAAAUCCUUUUUUUUUUAUUUUCUAUUGCCUGGAUCUUAGUAUUUGCGUGAUUUCGGUUUUAGUUGGGAAAAUCUGUGCAAUUCAGUCUCCCAGCAUUAUGUACAAAUACAAUAUAUUCUAUUAUUAUCUACACAACUGGUGAGAACAGAAGAAAGAAGGAAGGAAAGACAGGGCUCCACCAAAGUCAGCUGUCAAAGCACUAAGCAGUGUAUAUCAGAAUCUCAUCAGUUGUAUUUGCACUGAUACAAACAAUUUUACUGUACCUAUUUUGAUGUGACCACUGCAAGAAGUAGAACACAUAAAAGGACUCUUUCAAUUGGAGGCUGUUUCUUUGAUAUUACAUGAAUACAGCUGAAGAGCAGAGCUUGGUUUUAACAGUUUGUUUUAUGGCUGUGCAGAGCACAGGCUAACACUGAAAUUUUAAAGUUAUAAACAAAACCCAGCGUCGUGAUGCAAAACGUAGGAAAAGAAUGCCCAGAUUAAAAAUAAUUGCCGUCUAAAUCACAUUUGGAGAAAACGUUGCUGCUUCUCUUGUCGUCAGAUGGCGUGCUCCUCCUUUUCUGCACCCCUCCAGCUUUUGACUGGUGCUCAAUUUCCAGCUCUGAUAGAUUUUCAUUCCACUACUCUUCAUGGCACUUGAUGCUGUACUUAGGUGCUCUAACUCUAAUCUGGCUCAACUAGUAUUCGCAAAUGUGAAUUUGUUUUGCCCGAGGUGGAGUAGCAGAAUGAUGGGAUGUAUCGCUUCGGUGGAUGUUAAUGUUUAACUGUCCAUAUCUGGUACUUCACAGAGGCUAAAAUAAGCGCUACUAUUUGCAAAUGCCAUUUGACCCAGAUCUGCCACAGGUGGCAUACUUUAUCUUACUAUAACAUUCUAGUAGGGGUGAGCACCUCUGAGUUUAAACUCUAGAGGGCAGCAGUGACUGCUGUUUCAAAGUGGUUUGUACAAACAAACCUGCAAGCACUUGAGAUCCAUUCAGAAGCCAGUAGAGCCUUGCCUUGCUACUUUAACCAUCCAUGGCCAGUAGAGGAGGAUCUCACAGCCUGUUUGCUGACCAUGGAUGGGACUCACCAAAGCAGCUCAAGGGAAAGUUGAUCUUUGUCCCCUUGUGGCAAAAAUGUGAAUGAAGUCUGGAGAAGCUUUUAGGGAAGCCCAAUCCUAGGUUUAAGCAGAAGGAAACAGUGUUGGGACAGCAGUGCUUUUGGUGCUCCUACACACACACUCUGGUGCUCUCCUAUUAUUACACUUGAUUUACUGUGAAAGGCCCACUCCUUCCUCUGCAUGGUGCUGUCAUCUAUAGAGCAGAGGGAGGCGCUUCCUUCUGCAGGCACCUUGUCACCACAGAGCCAGCCAAUCAAAGUGGCCGCCCUGUGGUUGCAGCUCUGUCAUUGGGCUCGACAACUGGUUCAUUUUGAGGUGCUUUUUUGCAGUUUAUUGGUGCAAAGCGGUUUGGUCUCAAACUAAGUACACUGUACAGGGCAGAGAAAGCACAGUCAUUCGGUGCAUUGUUCGUAACCCAUUCACAGAGCAAACAAUAGUACUAAGAGCUAAAGGGAGACUGGGAAAAUGACUGUAGCUUCUGGGAGUUGGCGCCAAAUUCAAGUGCAUUGAAUCAAUGAAUCUCUCACUUUGCAUGCGUGUCUUAAAAUGACUCAAACGCAUGGGUGCGUGAAAGAGAAAAGCCAAAGAGAGAGACUAUUUGAGAGCCUGGAUAGCCUUUUUUUUUCGUUUUCAGGCAUCGACCAUGUUACUAUUUGAUUAAUUGAAUUCAAGCAGUGACAUGGUUUACUUGCAACAUGUGUCGAAAAUGAAAAUGAGCGGCUAAUAUAAUUGGAUACAGGCUGACUCCUGGCUGCUGGGGGGGUUGUUUGAGUCAAGGCCCUGGUCAUCUGUGAAAGACCCUGUUACCUCUCCCGAGGGUCUCCAGCUCUCUACCUCACGCUGUAGAGACACUGGUCACAAUCACAACUUGCUACUGAGGGCAGAGAAUCAUGCAUAUGUCCCUUUGUGUGUUCUAGAUCUCCACACUCAUUUUAACCUCCUUUUUUUUACUCUUAUUUAUUACUACAUGGUGAUGAUGAUGAUGAUAAUGAUUGUCUUUGAUGUUAUUGUUUUUUUUUUUUCAUCUUUUUUUAUAUAGCUAAUACAAAUUGUACAUAGAGAAGAAAAGAUUUAUAAAAGCACUUUUAAUCUUGAUUUUAAUGACAAAAAGAAAGAGCCGAUUAUUGACAACUUGAAGCUUAGUUUUGUUUUUUUUGUUUUUUUUCUCAAGAGAGAGAUACAAAUGUAAAUAUUAAAAUAUUUAGGUAAGAUUAUUUAACUGGUGAGGAUAGUACCUGAACCAUGAAUGACAAGGGGGUAUUUUGAAGUCUCUGACAGCCCUCCACAACAGUAAACAACACUUGGUCCCAAUGUGUUGUGUGUAAAUGUGUGCUUAGUAACACUGUGGUUUUGCUUUCGUAAGUACUGUACCCCUUGUCAGCAUGUAACUGACAGAGACUUGUCACAAAUUCAUCAGCCCUAUUAUGUAAUGCGAAACCCCACUUGACUGACUCACUGACGACGGCCACUAUAACUGGAGGAUCCCCAAUCAAAUUUCAAUUUAAGCUUAAAAAAAACCCUCGACGACAGUGAUCUACUGGCAGCAAGCUAAGGACAAAUCUAGAAAGGUAGCCGUGAACCUGACAACGUGUGGAAAUGUGCUUAUUCACUUCCUCGCCGAGAGUUAGAUGAGACGAUUGAUACUACUAAGUAGUUGGAGCCAGCAGGUGGUUAGCUUAGCACCAAGAUGGAAAACAGGGGGAAACAGCUAGCCCGGCUCUGUGAACAGGUAACAAAAUCCACCUCCCAGCACACAUGAUCUAAAAUUGAACUGGUCUAAACAGUCUCAUUGGAACUACAGCCACCUGUAAGAUUGACUUAUUUUUGUAUGGCUGAAGCAAUAGGGCUUUAGAAGUGCUGGUAGGCAGAUUUCGUUACCUUUGGUCAGAGCCAAGCUAGGCGUUUGCCCCUGUUUCCAGUCUUUAUGCUAAACUAACUGACGGCCGCUGGCUGUAGCUUUUGUAUUUAGCGUACAGAAAUGAGAGCGGUAUUGAUCUUCUCAUCAAAGUCUAAUAUUUCCCAAAAUUUUGAACUUUUUUCCCUUAAUAUCAGUAGAGUUGCCCUAUAAAUGUACCACCCAUCAUGUGCAGGGACGCAU